AAUUAACAUGGGGAGGCGGAUGCGGGCACGGCCCCGCGCUGAUGGACGGCUGCGGCGGCGGCGCGCGGCCGAGGGCGUCUGCGGCGGCGCGCGGCCGAGGGCAGGGUCUGCAGCGGGGAGGCCCGGCGGGCGGAGGUAGGGCAGCAGCGGCCGGCGAGCGGCGAGCAGCUACAGCGGCCAGCCACGGGGCAAGGCAGCAACUAUGGCAGGAGGCUGGUGAGCAGGCAGCGUGGGCGCGAGGCCGAUGCGGGGUGCGGCGUGCGCACGCGCGUGCGGUGCAGCGGUGCGGCCAGGGCGCGCGCGGGCAGGGACGGGCGCGGUCGUGCGCAGCGAGCGUGGUCGUGCGUGAUAGCCGGGGACGGCGAGCAGCUGCGGGAAAAGAAGAGCGGGGCGAGGCGAGGCGGCCUCACCGGCGGUGCACGAUGGCGGGGGCGGUGAGGCUCGGGGAGGUCCGAUGAGGAGGAGGCCGGAGACGCGUUGGUGACGACGGGGUAGCGACAACUGGGCGGCGCGGCCGCGGCGAGCCCGAGCUCGAGCUCGGGGCAGAAAGGGGACGAACGGUGGGGGCGCGAGGGGGAGCGAGGUCGUGGGACGUCGGCGUUCUAAAGGGGAGGGGCCGACCAUCGAUAGUCGGCGCAUGGCCUGCGGGGUGCCGUGACGGGCAUCCAGCCCCCGUGUCCCUGUAGCGAGAGGUUAGGGACGACAGGGGUUAGGUGGGCCGGCUGAGGGGCAAUGGGCUAAGGCCCAAGGAAAAAAGGGGAGCGGCCUUUUUCCCUUUGAAAUGUUCUGUUUGUUUUAUAGAUGCGAUUGUUUUGCAAUAUUUAUCCUUAUUUUUAUAUGUAAAAAUUUACUCCCUCCAUUCCUAAAUAUAAGUCUUUGUAGA